CAUGUUGGAGUGUGUAGAGUGUCCUUACUAUCUAUCGCGUUAACAUUGUUUGUGAAUUUUCCCAGAUGAGGGGCUGUGCUUUGCUCCGAGUGUUUGUCUGUAGUCUGUGUGUGAUGAAUACCAUCAGCUUGGCUUGGAGUGACAUCACAGAUAAGUUAUGCAGAAAACGCACUUCAAAAUAUUCAUCGAAAUUCAAAGAUUACCGUUUGAAAAUAAGAUACACCUAUAUAAAUUCGUAUGAAGGUUACAUUUCCUGUCCUUACUACCAACAAACCUGUAACGGCUGGUUCCUGAGCAGAAGAUGCCAAAUAUACCUGAAGUACACUCUCUGUCCGCGUCGAAUGACACGGGUGGAUGUGGCCUAUCGGAGCCUACUGGUGUGUUGUCCUGGUUACGUGGGGCUGACGAACGGAACCUGUCUGAGGGACUGUACAGAAGGUAAAUAUGGCAACGAAUGUCAACACGACUGUAAUUGUCCAGUUCAUGCCUACACUGGCUGUGAUAUUGACACCGGAAACUGCACGUGUCUCCCCGGCUGGACAGGAAGAAGCUGCAAUCAAGUCUGUCCUGAAGGGUGGUUUGGCUCAAACUGUGACAGUAAAUGCCUGUGUCAGAAUAACGCCACGUGUCGUCCGAUAGAUGGCGCUUGUAACUGCACGACUCCUGGCUGGACAGGGGAAUUUUGUCAUAGAGACUGUCCCUCCACAAAAUAUGGACAGCGCUGUCUGGAAAACUGCACAUGCAGUGCUAACCAAACCUGCAACCCCAUUGACGGUUCCUGCACGUGCAUUGCCGGCAAAAUGGGAACGAAUUGCACCGAAGGGUGUCCUGUAUUUAGAUUUGGACUGGAUUGUUCCAAGACCUGCUCAUGUGUACAUUCUACCGGAUGUGACGCAGUUAGUGGAGAAUGUUUCUGUGAAGCAGGAUUCUCUGGCAAAAAGUGUGAUGAAGUUUGUAAAGCCGGAACGUACGGAGUGAAUUGUAAUGGAACGUGUAACUGUACGGAUGCUGAGGUGUGCGACCCUGAGACAGGAGAAUGUGUCUCAAGAUGUGUUUGCCACGAAAAGGGUACUGUAAACUGCCACACCUUGUAUAACUCGUGCAAGUGCUUGCCCAAUCACAAUCAUAUUUGUCAUGCUGAAACUGUGAUUCAAGAGGAAAGGUGUAGAGACGUGUGUGAAUGUGUGUCACUGGACAGUACUUGUUGUGUUUCAAAUUCAUCCAGAUGUCGCUGUAGGGACGGCUGGACAGGUCCAAAAUGUUCUAAAGUGUGUCCACGAGGUACCUUUGGGACACUCUGUAAUGGUGUCUGCAACUGUUCGAUGAACAAUCAGUGUCAUCAUGUUACUGGAAUCUGCAGUUUUGUGAGAAUAUCAGGCAAGCAGAAAGAACACUCUCCUAGAGCAGGCUACAAGUACUGGAUCAUUUCUGCAGUCCUAACGUUGCUGCUGGUUGCUAUGGCGAUAGCGUUGGUCACCUACCUACGAUGUAUACGGCGUGUCCCAAAAGCGUCCAAAAAACCAAUUUGUCCAAUCUCGAAGUGCUGCAAUUGCUGCAAGAGUAAUGAAAAGGACUAUAUGGAAAGACAGCGAUACAUGGAACUACAAGAGGAUUUGGACUGGACCGUCAAUGACGACGAAUACGACCACUUGAAUAGGUCCGGACAGGCAAAGUCCGAGCUCCAAAUAGCCUAUGACCCGACCUAUAAUCGGAUAUGUGAAAACACGUCUGUGUACAACUUGACAACAACGCCUCUAAACACGAACACAGUGACUGCAGACGACGACUAUAGUCAUAUUAAGGUGGCGAGGGGUCCAGAGCAGCACGGAAUGUAUGACAGUCUGCAAAACAACAGAAUGAAAUUCCCCGAAAACACAAACAAACAUAUGGACAAAGAUUCAACGUUAUCUCAAAACACGGAUCAUUCCGUGUAUGAUACUUGAAGAAUGCUGUUUUCAGAACGGCGAAUACCACUAUCAAUGGAUGUGUUGUAUGGAAUAUUUUCUGGUUCUCGCAUCAGUGUAACUGGCUAAAUUGGGAAGCUGGGUGCUGCAACUUUGGGGACACUGUGAAAAUAUGUAUAUGGCUGUACUUUCCUGAAAUGUCUGUAUCAUCUUAACAGAGCAUAACUUCGAUAUUGUAAUCAAAAAUAAAUACUUACAGCACAGAUUUCUUUUAUAACGUUUCAUAAAACUGAACAAUUCAAUACACACGAUGUUUUGAUUUUUAGGGCUACAACAUGAAAAACACACAUUUCUUUCAUUUUCCGCAAUUAGGACGUUACGAUGAUACCAGAUUGUCAUAAACAUAUCAACUGUUUUGUGUUAACACAUGUACAUUAUUUGUUUUUGCAAAUUAAAUUGGUUAAAAAAUUCA